GCCGAGUCUUUUGUACGUUCGUUUGUAAAGGCAGUCGUCAAAAUCAAGUGCGAUUUGUGUGGUGCAAAGAAUUGUGAAUUCGUCGUUACUACAUCGAAUUCAUUUGCCAAAUCUCUGAAUUCUGACAAAAGAGCAAAUUCACAAAUUUCCAACGUUUCUUUUUUUCUUUAAAUAUUUUCCAUUAGAAAUAUUGAGUAGAAUUAAAUAAUUUUUUAUUGAUAUUCGGAUUGUUAAGUGAGCUUUGCUACACAACAAUUGUUGGUGAGGAGCAGCGGCGGCUUCAACCUCUCGUGGAAAAAAGAAAAAUCAUACACAGAAAAUUUGUAAUCAAAUUUUAACAGCAUAAAAUGGCGUUAAAAAGAAUUAAUAAGGAAUUACAAGAUUUGGGCAGAGAUCCACCUGCACAAUGUUCUGCUGGUCCAGUUGGCGACGAUUUAUUUCACUGGCAAGCAACAAUAAUGGGACCGCCUGACAGCCCGUACCAAGGUGGUGUGUUUUUCUUAACAAUUCACUUUCCAACAGAUUAUCCAUUCAAACCACCAAAAGUGGCUUUUACAACGCGUAUAUACCAUCCAAAUAUAAACAGUAAUGGAUCUAUUUGCCUCGAUAUAUUGAGAUCUCAGUGGUCGCCAGCACUUACUAUAUCAAAAGUUUUAUUAUCAAUUUGCUCUCUACUCUGUGAUCCGAAUCCAGAUGAUCCUCUUGUUCCAGAGAUUGCAAGAAUAUAUAAAACUGAUCGGGAAAAAUAUAAUGAAUUGGCACGAGAAUGGACUAGGAAGUAUGCUAUGUGAUGCGUUCCAGUUUGUAUAAUUGAAUCGUCGUCGUCGAUGUCGAUGUUGAUGUCGUCGUUGUUGCUGUUGUUGUCGUCGUCGUUACCGUCUUCAACAUCAUCAUCACCACCACCAUCAUCUUCGUCGUCGUUGACGCCAUUAAUGUUGCCGACGUUGUCGUCGCCGCCGUCGUCGUCAUCAUCAUUAUUCUUAUUCUUAUAUUUCAACUUAAUUAUAAUAUUAUUGUCGUCGUCAAAUGGUUACAACAACAACAUCUACAACUAUUUAAAUAAAUUCAAUAAUGAAAACAAGAUCAACUAUUACUACUACAACAAUAAUAAUAAUAAUAACAGCAACAACAAUGAGAACAACAUCAACAGCAACAAUCGCAGCAGCAGCAACAACAGCAUCAGCAACAACAACAGCAACAAUAUAAUAUAUUGAAGAGAGAAUAAAUACAGCAACAAGAAAUGUGUUUUGUAAAGAGAAAAAUGAUUUGGAGGAUUAAACAAAAUAAUAAUAAAGGAAAAAAAAAAACAAAAAUUAUAAAAGAAUUUUGCUACUAUCACUACAACAACAACAACUUAGCGACAAAAUAAACAGAAUUAUGUAAUGUGUAAACGCUCUUUAAAGGAAAUAUAAUUAAAGUAAAAAAGAUAACAAAAAACAAACAGCAACAGCAAGUAAAUUAGAUAUACAUUAAUUAAACAGAAGUAAAAAUACAAAUACCACACUACCAAACAAACAAAUAAAAACAACAAACAGCAAACAUUGCAACACCACACAUAGCGCCCCCUUUUUACAGACCUAAAACACACCCAUAUACACGCAAAAAGAUAAACAUUCAUCAUUAAUUGAAUAAAUAUAAAAAAGCAUAAUGAUGUGAAAACAACAAAAAACAAUUAAACAUUUAAUAAUAAUGAUAUUAAUUAAUAAAUAAAAGAUUCAUUUAUUCAGUUUAAACAAUUUAUAAAAGAAAGAGAAGAGGAAUAAUAGCAAACAAAUAAAACUGAGAAAGAAAGUAAUAUGUAAAAAGAAGCGUUUUAAGAAACCAAUACAUCUGCAGCACUUGCAAUUGACUUGCAAGCCGGUCUCCUGCUAUUAUUUAUUCCCCGUUUUCAUUAAUUUAUCCUCUGUAGCAGCAAUUAAAAUGUUGGGAGUUUUUCUUCAGCAGGGGGUUUCUCCAAAAAUGCUUUCGUUUCAUACGGAUCGUGUGGGAAACUUUUCGUUAACUGAAUGGCUCGAACAAGACGUUCAUAUUUAUUAUAUAAUGCUUUCGUUUCAUACAGAUCGUGUGGGAAACUUUUCAUUAACUGAAUGGCUCGAACAAGACGUACAUAUUUAUAUAUUUGUAUUCUAUUAUAUUAAAAUUGGAUAUAAAAAAACCCGCUUUUUUGUUGUUUCAAAUCCAUUUGUUUUACUUUUUUAAGUAAUUUUAAAUUUUAUAUUGUUAUUUUGAAUUACAAUUUUUCUCAAAAUUUAAUUCUAAAUUAUAAUAUUCAAACGGAGAUGGAUUUUUUUCAACUUAAAAAAUUGUUUUGAAGUUUAAUUAAAGCUGGGGUUUUAGUGUAGUGUUAUAUUGGAGCUCGAAUACAUCCGGUUUGUUUCCCCACUCAAAAGCACUGAAUUAACGAUGCCAAGUAAGUUACGUGGUUAUUGAAUUGUCUUGAUUCUUAUAGCUAUUUUCCAAAUGCGAUUCGCUGGAACAACGAAUUUUCAAUCUUAACAAAGGAAUGAUACUGCCAAUAAUUAUUUACUUUUCGUUCAUAUUUUCAAGCCAAUUUUCUUAUUUAGAAUCGUUCAAAGUAUACAAUGUUUAAAAAUUCCAUUUAAUAUGAAAUAAAGCAGCUAAUAAAAAACCCAGCUAAACAUAACUUUUCUGAUAGACUUAAUUUUUGGUAUAGAGAAUUUGGUUCGAUUUUUUAUAAAUACGUAUUCUUUAAAGUGAAAUCUUACUGCAUCCAGUUGAAUUAAGGCAAUCAUAUCAUUCUCAUAUAGAAUGUGGCAAUGUGAAAAAUUGGUUUCUUAAAAAUAAAGAAUUUUUUGCCGUGCUGUCAUUAUAUAUAUACAUCUUUUAAAAUAUAUAAUUCUUUGUAUUUUGCAAAUGAAAACAAAAAUAUAAGCAUCCAGUAAAGUUGACAACACCGCCAAGAGUUCGUUCUAUAAUAAAUGCUAAGACCCAAUCACACAAUUGACGUUUUUAAACUUAUUUUCUUUUUUUUCUAUGAAUGGAACUUUGUCAUUGUAGCUCCUUUUCAUCAUCUGUAUAUUUAUGAUGUUCACUUGUUUUAGGUGUAAUCUAAAUAAGUAAAUACGUAUUUUAAUUUUUAAUAAUUUUCAAUAAUAAACGUAUUAAAAAACAUAAA